CUCAUCACCGUCCGUCUCACUCCACCGCUCUACUCUGAGUCGCCCAUCUCACCCGCUCCGCUCCUCUGCGUUUCAGGAGUCACUGGAGGCCCGCGAAAGUCGAUAACCCGGCCGAGACGCGUAACCGACGGGCGAGCGGCCCGGGCCGGCUGCCCAUUUCGCGAUCCGCAAUGUACCACGGUUUCUGAGAGUGACGCUCUCCAUCCACCUUGUUCAUCUCCACGCCCACGACAGCACGAUGAGCCGCGACGUCGUUCCAGAAGCCGUACUGGACGACAUGGGCGAGAGCGUCGCGCCAGCACCGAAGCAGCACUCGCCGUUCGUCGGCUUCGCAGCCGGCAUCCUCUCGGGCUGGACCAAGUUGAUAGUGGGGCAUCCAUUCGACACGAUCAAGACCCGAUUACAAUGCGCCCCGCCGGGAACUUUCAACGGCGCAUGGGACUGCCUCGUCAAGACAGUGACGAAAGAGGGCCCGCGGGCAGUGUACAAGGGCGCAUCUGUCCCCGCCAUCAGCUGGGGUAUCACCGACUCGAUCCUCAUGGGCUCGCUGCACAACUAUCGCGCAUACCUGAAGGACGCGGGGCUGAGCGAGCCCACACCCGACGGCGAGGGGCGGCGGCUCACCCUCCUCGGGCAUAGUAUUGCAGGCCUGUUCGCGGGAUGGACGAACGCAUCGAUUGCACACCCCACCGAAACGAUCAAGUGCAAGCUCCAGCUGCAGCUCGUGCAGCCUGAGCAUGUGCCGCGGCAGUAUUCUGGCCCGAUUGAUGUCGUGCGGCAAACAUGUGCGGCACAGGGCCCGCUGGGCAUGUGGCGCGGCCUCGGCGCGAGUUUCAUGUACCGUUCGUGCUUCGCGGCCAUGUUUGGAGGCUUCGAGAUCUUCAACCGCUUCUUCAACAGCUGGAAGGGGACGUCGUGGGAGAUGUCGCCUGGCGCGGCCAACUUCUUCGCGGGCGGCAUGGCGAGCAACCUCUACUGGUUCUCGGCAUUGCCAAUGGACAAUGUGAAGAACCGCAUCAUGUGCGACUCGCCCACCGCGCCGCGCUACAAGGGCGUGUUCGACGCGUACCGCCAGACAUGGCGGGAGACGUUCGACCCCGCCAAGGGGCUCGGAGCGAACAGCGUCGCGCGCGUGCGCAACUUCUACAGGGGGUUCGUGCCCGUCGUGCUGCGCGCGUUCCCGACGAACGCCGCCGCGCUCGCGGUGUGGGAGGCUACGAUGCGCUGGGCCACGAGGUAGUCGUUGUACUGUAUCACUGUAUAUUUACGCAUCUUGCACACUUG